GGUGUGACUGUGUACCUGUUGUGUUUCAGGUGGGGACUAGGAGGUACAUGGCCCCGGAGGUCUUGGAGGGGGCCAUUAACGUCCAGAGAGAUGCCUUCCUGAGGAUAGACAUGUAUGCCUUGGGUCUGGUGCUGUGGGAGCUCGCCUCACGCUGCAAAGCUGCUGAUGGUCCGGUGGAUGAGUACAUGCUACCUUUUGAGGAGGAGGUGGGUCAGCAUCCAUCUCUGGAGGACAUGCAGGAGGUGGUGGUCCACAAGAAGCUCAGACCGACGCUCAGAGAGUGCUGGCAGAAACAUACUGGCCUGGCAUUGCUCUGUGAAACCAUCGAGGAGUGCUGGGACCACGAGGCCGAGGCUCGGCUGUCGGCCGGCUGCGUUGAGGAGCGUGUUGUGCAGAUGCAGCGGCUGACAAGUGUCACGGCACCUGACGAGGUUGUCACCAUGGUAACCAACGUGAACUACCCGGCUAAAGAGUCAAGUUUAUGACAAGGUUGAGGACCGGUCAGGAUGGAGCAGGGACUCCCUCAGUGAGCGUUGUCUGUCUCUGUUCACAGACUCAGGUGGGGUUGAGCCAACAGGUGAUCUCCGGCUGCAGGUGAGUCUCAGACUGAUGAGUGGCUCUUUAGACUGUAGGCUAACAUGGCAGAGAGCCUCUCUCUUGCUGAGCUCCACCCUCUGACAUCAGUUCCUGUUUUUUAACAAAGAGUUUUCUACAAUAAUGUGAUUAAACAGUGCGAUUUCAGUAUAAAAGGGUGAUUUUAGCUUCUGAAUGGCUGUAUCACUGCUGUAUAUACAUACAGACUAUUACAAUACAAACAUAAAUACACAGAUGUAUUUCCAUGAUAACAGAGUUAGAAUAAUCAGGUUAUUGAUCCAGACAGGAAGUCUUCACACACUGAACAUGUUUCUGGUCUGUGAUACUUGAGGAGAAACUGGAGGCGAUUCUCUGCUAACAAACACUGACAGAUAGGGAAGAAUAAAAUGACGGACUGAAAUAAAGUCAAAGAAAUAAAGUGAAAUGAAACACUGAACACGGAAUCAAGGUAUUUUAAGAUAUUUUACUUAAUUAUAUUGUUAUACUGGGUCAAAAGUUGUUUUUAUUUUGUGAUAAUGGGUUAAUUAGAAGAAGAAACAGUUGGUAAAAUAAAAUAAUUUUAAUCAACCCAGCUGUGUAUUGUUUAAUGCCAUUGUCUGCCAAAUUAGCUGCUGCACUAAGCUCCGUUAAGGAAUCUAUCGAUAUAGUGUCUUUGCUUCUCAAAAUGUCAUGUUUCACUUAAUUUCUUUGACUUAUUUUUAAUUUCAAGUCUUACAUAAAAUUUGCUCUAAGUUCAGACUCUGAGUGUAAAAGACAAUCGAAGCAUGACUAGCUUUUACAAAAUCAUCCUGAUUUAGCCUUGAUGGACUUAAGAUGUGUCGCCCAGUUUUUUCCUUCAGAAACCAACCAACGAUCAUUAACUCAAAUAAUUUAUCAGCUGCUGCUGAAGGGAAGAAAGAAAAGUUUUCAGAUUUAAAAUCAGUUUGUGUUGAAUAGAGAAAUCCCUAUGAAUAUGAACACAAGUGAAAACUCUUCCCCUGUUUAAGUUUGCAGUGAAUAUUUAAAGCUUGCCUUUAUUUAUCAUUUUAUUCUAGUUUUAUUUCUAAUCUUGGUUGUUUCAUCAUCUUCCUCCUGUUUGAGGUUCGGUUUGACUUUGUGGAGCCUCCAGACCGACAAAACAUGCCGCUACAUGUUAUUUUUUUAUUUUGUUUGUUUGCAGAAGUAACCAGAGAUGGGGGACUCAAAAGAAAAAAAAAAUUAUAUACA